CUGAAGCUCCUCAAGCAGAUCAUUUCUUUGAUUCUUGAACAUGGCUGAUUUUGGCGAGAUCCUGAGGUCCAUUGGAGACUUUGGAUUAUUCCAGAAGCUCAUACUAUUGGGACUAUGCUUCCCGAAUCUUGUCCUGCCUUUCCACCUGGCCAGUUUGAUUUUCAUCCAGUCAGACCCUGAGCGCCACUGUAACACUGACUGGAUACUUAGAGCUGGUUCCAAUCUGAGCAGUGAGGAACAGCUGAAUCUGACCGUGCCCCGGCAGGAGGAUGGAACCUUCAGUAGGUGCCUGAUGUUUACCCCUGUAGACUGGGACAUUGACAUCAUCAGGGAGCAUGGACUCAAUCAGACCACUGACUGCCAGAAUGGAUGGGUGUACAACAAUAUAGUGUAUGAAGCCACCAUAGUCACUGAUUUUGAUCUUGUCUGUGGCAAAGCUAACGUUGUCGGACUUGCACAAACUGUGUUCAUGGCUGGCAUUCUUCUUGGUUCACUCUUGUUUGGACCUUUUGCUGAAUCAUUUGGUCGCCAACGAGCAACUCAGAUACCCAUGGUUAUUAUGCUAAUUUUUACUGUAACAACAGGCUUGUCUCCAAACUUUUAUUUGUAUAUGGCAUCCCAGUUUUUAGUAGGGAUCGCAUUUGGCGGAUUUCGAAUCAACUGCAUUGUAUUAGCUACUGAAUGGGUCGCAGUGACAAAACGUUCUUAUGCGUCUUGUUUGAGUCCAACGUUCAGUGGAGUUGGCCAGUGCAUCCUUGCUGGCAUGAUCUUCUUCAUCCGAGACUGGAGACUUGCCCAGUUUGUCAUGGCUGUACCAAUAGCAGUGGUCGCAGUGUACAUAUGGUUUAUUCCUGAAUCAGCCAGGUGGCUAUUGGAUCAGGGGAAAAAAGAGGAAGCUAAGAAGUUGAUACUCAGGGUAGCAGCCAUCAACAAACGCACAGUUCCAGAUACCAUUCUAGAGAAGAUAGCUGAGGAGAAAGUUGUUCAGAAGGGAGGCAUACUCAUUCUCAUCAGAUCUCCUGUACUUAUGAAAUACUUCUUAACUAUUACUCUUGCAUGGUUCUCGUUAAACCUCUCCUACUACUGUCUGUCCUUGAACGUUGGAAACUUUGGCCUGGACAUCUUCUUUACACAGCUCAUGUUCGGACUCACAGAGAUACCAGGUCAUAUACUCUGCAUCUUUAUACUGGAAUAUUUGGGGAGGAAGAUAUCCUUAAUGUCCACCCUUCUGACUGGCGGAUUCACAUGCUUCCUAAUCCUGGCUGUUCCACAAGACAACGCCGUUGCUAUUACUGCUCUUGCUGCUGCGGGGAGGUUUUUCAUGAACAAUGCUGGAUCCAUAUGCAACGUCUAUGUUCAGGAGCUGUUUCCCACCUCUGUUAGACAAACGGCCACAGGCUUGGGCUCAAUAGCGAUCAGAAUUGCUGGAAUACUGUCACCAAUGCUCAACAUAUUGGCCACAUACCAUUGGUCUAUCCCCACUAUCGUGUUCAGCAGCCUGUCAUUGGUUGGUGGGGCUCUGGUCUUUCUGCUUCCUGAGACCAGGAGGACAGAACUACCUGACUCUACAGAUGAGGCCGAGGGGAAGAGAAAUGUGACUAUCGCCAUGAAGAUAGACAAAGGCUGCAAAGUGGAUGAUUACGACUGAAAAAUCUACCAAACUAUAAAGUCAUGUUUAUGUAAGUCUUUUUUCUGGGUAAAUUUAUUUUCAAGGCUUAGUUAGUAAGACAGUUGGCUGGUGCAUGGUUGUUGUAACACCAAGGUUUUGAAUUUGAUUCCUGGAUGGGCCACAUAACUUGCUGUUUUUAACUUUGGCUUAUAGAAUUUAAAAAAAUGAUUUUACUCUUUUUGUAACUCUUUUUACUAUCUAAAUUGAUCAAAAACAUACAAUAAAAGUGUCUACUAAAUGAACCUAUUAUUAUUAUAUUUGAAUUUAAAUACAUUUGCAGUGUAUCAAGGAAUCUAAUGAUAUAUCCACCUUUACUCACAUUUGUAUACAAAAACAGACUAUCACCAACAAAUCUAAAACCGCCAGCUCCUUCCUGGCCACAAAAGAAAAACAAGCCUUAUGCUGGUAAUAAAAACCUAUUUUCAGCUUGAGCUUCCUUAUCAAGUUCUCUACAUGCACGGUGAAGCUCAGUUUAUCAUCAACCCACACACCCGAAUAUAUGUACAAUUUAACUUGCUCUAUAGUAUGUCCAGCCAAUUUAGCAAUGGCAUGAUUAGUAACAUGCCUGGCAUUUGAAAAUACCAUGCCUUUUGUUUUACCCAAAUUUAGUACCAGCUUUAAAUCAUACAGAUUAUCUUGUAUGAUGUUAAAUGCUCUUUGGGCAUUUUCAAAAGUGAAAGAUAAACUACAACCACUUGAAUAAAGAACAGUAUCAUCUGCAUAAAAAUGAACACCCGCUUAUUCAAUAAGAUCCCCAAUGUUGUUGAUAUACAAAAUGAACAACAGUGGGCCCAAAAUAGAACCUUGCGGAACACCUGAGCACACCUCUAUGGACUCUACAACCAUCCGCCAUUACACAUUGUGUACGAUUUGAUAGGUCAUUUAUAAACCAAUCUAGAGCAUGACCAGUAAUUCCACAACAUUUGAACCUUUGCACUAACACAGCAUGGUCCAUGGUGUCAAAAGUCUUUGACAAAUCAAUAGACAUUUGUGUUAUUCCAUAGUUUUGAUGUCUUCACUAUUAUUCUACAAUGUAGAAAAUAUAAAAAAAUAAAGGAAAAACCAUUGAAUGAGUAGGUGUCCAAACUGUAAUUGCUGCAAAAGUUGGCUCUGCGAAGUAUUGACUUUGAGGGGUGAAUGGUUAUGCACGCUCAAGUUGUCUGUAUUUUUUGUCUUAUUUCUUGUUUG